AAAAGGUAGAAAAAGAAAACCAAUGACUAUUUCUUCAGUUGACUAGUGUAUUGAACUCAUAUUCACCUAUUCUACCUGAAAUCUCCAUGCUCGCAUAUUUUUUAGAGUGAUGGGUCCAGCGAGCAUCAAAGCUGUUAACAAGACUCACUUUUCAACCUCCUCUAACAACUCCAACUUUGGUAACCACAUUGCCUUUGUCACCGUAUUUGCCACCUAUAAGCCCACCGUUGAUAGAUUGGUCAAUGGUAAAUCAAGUGACUUGCUUACCGUUGGGAACACUUCAUACAGCAAAGUGGAGAGAUCAAUGGCCAUUUUGAAUGUCUUCAUUAAUUUCAUUCAGGUAACAAUGCCCCAAAGCAACAUUAUCAUUCUUACUGAACCGUCCUCUGUGCUUCCGGUUCAUAGAAACAGGGUCACUAUAUAUCCCAUUCAAGGUGAAUAUUCACGGGACAAGUUGAUGCUUCAAAGGAUCAGGUCUUACAUUGCCUUUCUAGAAGCAAAGCUUGAGGAGCGUUCUGAGUGGCAGGGGCAAGUUGAUCAUUACAUCUUUACUGAUUCAGACAUAGCAGUGGUCGAUGAUCUGGGGCAAAUAUUCCAUGACUACCCUAAUUUUCAUCUGGCUCUGACCUUCCGAAACAACAAAGAGCAACCCCUGAAUUCGGGGUUUAUUGCAGUGAGGGGCACUCCUGAUGGAAUUCUAAGGGCAAAGGUUUUCUUACAGGAAGUACUGAAAAUUUACAGUACCAAAUACAUGAAAGCUUCCAGAAUGCUUGGAGAUCAAUUAGCCCUUGCCUGGGUUGUUAAAUCUCACCCUUCCUUCAAUGCGAAACAGUUUACCAGACAACAAGCUUUUCUGGCAGAUAUUGCUGGUGCUUCAGUGCUGUUCUUACCAUGUUUAAGGUACAACUGGACACCACCAGAAGGCGCAGGUCAAUUUCAUGGGAUGCCUUUGGAUGUUAAGGUUGUCCAUUUUAAGGGAUCAAGGAAACGUCUUAUGCUUGAGUCUUGGAACUUCUUGUCUUCGUCCUCGGCUUCUGAUAUUUCAGAUAUGUUAUGCCUCAUUUUAAAGAGUGGAAGAACCAAGUAUGAUUUCUAAAGUCAACCUUGUGUGGUCAUGGCUCAGCCUCGGGGUCGUCUUCUGUAAUUUUCAUAUGGAAUGACACCCCCACCCAAUUCAUUCGGAUGGAUGGUGGCAGUUUUUUUUCAGCCAUUGCUCAGUGAAUUCUAUGGCACGCCAGAUUUUGCUGAAAGCAAGCCGGAGAAAUGCUAAUUGUUGAAGAUGUGAGCUUAGCCACUGCUGAUAUGUCUUCACUGUUUGAUUGAGUAGGUAUUCUUUGAUUGAACUUGGCUUUUCUUUUACAUCUCAUACAAAUGUUCUCUACUUUCUCUAGAAGAAUUUCACUGUAUUUUCUGUUGGGAGCUUUUGGCCAGUUAAGUACACAAACUUUAAAGGAAUGAGAGAUCUCAUUCAAUAUAUUUUUACUUCAUCUUUCUUCUUGGUGGGUCAUCUACUGUAAAUUCAAGUGAGAUCUA